UGCACGUGGGCAGAACAACAGUUGUACACCAAAUUUACGUACUACGGCGUUGGCGCCAAUCUGCUUGCCCUCUGACCACUAUCGCUACCCGAGUUGACAACGUACAACCAUGGUGAGAGCAGAGCGAAAAUAUAUCGACCUCAUGAGGCAAACUACCUCAGGCCUCUUUGGUAACUGGGAUCCAGAGAACCCAAUCAAAGUCGGAUCGUAUGGCCGUUUCGAUCUUGAUACAACACGAUUCACUGUCCUCGGCAACAUCUAUGAUCAAGAAUUCCAAGUCCUACUCGAUGCUGUCGAUGGGAGGUUCAGGAUGUCAGACUAUCCGCCAGAGUUGGAUCCAGUAGAACAGGAUAUGAUCAUCACCUCCGCGGGUGCCAGGAAGCAGCCCUUUGAUCCAGGGGCAGAUGCCAAGAAAGAAAACUUCAAGAAAGCUUCAUUCAAGAUGAGUUUCAGGCACCUCCCUAACAAGCGAAGUGCCGUGCUCGUCGUGCACAAGCCCCGUCUGUAUCACGUUCCAUGUAAUAAAGUCCUCGAAGUGCUAUACAGAAUACCAGAACUCAAUGGUCUAUUCAUCAUUCCAUCGGUCUACAAGUGCCGCGCAUGGUCUAUCUAUCUGUCAAGUAAAGUUGAAGAGAUUGUCUCUGUGGCACUUCUUCCGUCGAAGGUUGGCUUCGACCUUGAAUGGUGGUCCAACUCGGACUCGGACUUCCUCCGCCAGGGCACCGACAAGGAUGGUUUCGUUUCACCACUCUUCACUGCAAAACAAAAGCUCCCGUUGAUCCGACGUUAUAUGCGUGGUCUGCCCGUACCGGACCCUGAGCCGGGCGAUAAUUUGUAUGUUGCCCCUGUAGCAUCUGACAGGUUGAUCACGCUUGCUGAUUCGCAACAUAGCUGGAUAGAUGGAUGUCCAGGUUGGGAGCCCGUUGAUGAGGAUGGUUAUGAUGAUCCUAUAUGGGAAGAGGAUUACGAGCCGCCUGUAGCGAGAGUGUGGCGACGCAUCAUGUGUAAAUCUACAGCGCGGUGGUGAAUACUUUUACCACCUUAUCUUCUUUGUGAUUCUUUGUGUAUUGUAGUAUGUGGUACGGACAGGUACUACGAAUUAUGUAGGCAGACCAACUUGAACACUGCAGGACAAGUACGGGCCAAGCUGAAAGUGACAUAAUGAUUCGGAUGUGACGCCAGAGUCGCCUGUAGCGGUGGCUUGUUAUAAGCCGCGACAUGUACGCGGGGACAGAUUUUAUACCUUCAUAGGAUGCGGACAAGCUAUUACUUCAUAGAUGAAAGCAGCCCUUCAAAAUCUAGAAUUAUCAUACCAACAGAA